AUGAAUUAUGAAUAAAUUUUGCCUAUAUAUAUUUUGGAUAAUAUUAGAUAGAAGAUACUCAAGUAAUAUGAAGAAAUAAACGAAAAUAAUGUUAAUCCAUAUAUAAUAGAUAUGUAUGCAGAUAUGAUUUAAUCUGAUGAUAUUGUUAAGUAACAUUAUGGUCUUGUUGCUAUAAGAAAAUUAAUCAGCACUAAUUAAAAUCCAUUUGAUAUUACACAAUCUAUAAUAGAAAAUAAUUUGGUUCCAAUUUUGAUAUAAAUACUUGAUUAGAAUUCUAAUUCACUUUUUAUUUUUGAAGCUAUUUGGAUUUUAACUAAUAUAUCUAGUGGAACAAAUGAAUAAACACAAAUUGUUGUAAAAUAUGGUGGAAUACCAAGUAUAUUAAAACAUUUGAAUUCAAUACAUUUGUCCCUCAUCGAAUAAGUAUGUUGGGCAAUGGGGAAUAUAGCUGCAGAGGAUAUAGAAUUUAGAAAUUAAAUAAUUGAAUUGGGUGGAUUAUUAAAAUUUAUUGAAAUUAGUGAAUAACUUAAAUAAAAUAAUAAUAAAUAAUUAGUAAAAUUAUGUUCAUGGACUAUUAGUAAUUUAUGUAGAAGAAAUCCAACUCCAACCAUUUAAGUAUUUUUAUAAAUUAAAUAUGUAGAAAUAUAAGGUACCAUUGAUCAAAUAUUUCUCUUGUAUAAUUUAAGAAUAUGAUGAUGAUGAAACUUUGACAGAUUCUUGUUGGGCAUUAUAAUAUAUAAGUGAUUCAAAUAAUGAAUUAGUGGAUCCACAUUAAUAAAUUAUCAAUACAGGAAUAAUUCCUAAACUUAUAUCCAUACUGAGAAAUAGUUAAGUUAAUUAAAUAAUAUUCCCUUGUGUAAGAAUAAUUGGUAAUAUUCUAACAGGAAAUGAUUCUUAAACAGAUUAUAUAUUAAAUAAUGAUAUUCUGGAUGUAUUUUUUCAUCGUUUGAAGAAUACUCGAUUAAAGGAUCUAAAAAGAGAAGUAUUAAUAAUAAAAGAAGUAUUUAGAUUUGUUGGAGUAUAUCUAAUAUAACAGCUGGUAACCUUAAUUAGAUAAUAAGAGUGUUAGACAACAAUAAUAUCAUGAUUUUAUUGUUUCAAUUAUUUAAAUCAUCCAGUUUUGAAGUCUAAACAGAAAUAGCCUGGAUUUAUUCUAAUGCUAUGAAAGAAAUAAAAUACUAAGAUACAAUGAAAUUGAUAGAAAUGGGAAUAUUGGAGAUAUUUGCAACAACAUUGAGACUUUAAAGAACUUCAUCUAAAUAGAAAUAAGAUAUUCUUAUAUCAUUAGAUAGUUUAUUUUAAAAUAGUAUUUAAAUUAAUAAAUUUUAGUACGUUAACUUUAUGGAACAGAAUAAGAGUACAUAUUGGAAUUCUUUAGAAAACUUAACCAAAUAUAAAAAAGACAAGAAAAAAAUUAAGAUUAGAACAAUUAGUAUAAAAUUGAAUAAGAAUAUUAUACUAAAUGGAAGAACUUAAUAUAAAAUUGA